AUAUCUAGUCUGCAUUAUGUUCUAAUAUAACUGAAGAUGACUCAUCUCACCAACAAGCAUAUUUUCCAUCCACAGCAAUGUUGUUAAUCGAGAACAAUAACACAUUAACGUUUAACACUGUGACUCACCACAGCCACUAUUUCUGUGUUAAGCUCCCCCUUCUUUCCCUCAUCUCUCUCACACACACAGACACACACACACACACACACACACACACACACCAUAUUCACACCCCUCCACUACUUAAUUUGAACCCUUUAGUGAGUCUGAGGUCUCUGGUCUAUUGAUGGGAAUCACUGUCUUCAGGGCUGCGUCCCAAAUGACACCCUGUUCCCCAGAUACGGUAGUGCACUUAUUUUGACCAGGGCUCAAUGUCAUUUGGGAAACGCCCUCUGGUGGAAUACGUUUUUACCUCAUCUGGCUCACACCUCCCCACUGUGUAUGCGCUCGUUCUCGCUCUCUUUCCUACGUGGUUCACUUACCCACAGUAUCUCAAGGGAGUAGCUCUGAUCUUUAGCUCCACACAGUCCACAGUACCUCGUCUCCUCCAGGACUCCAGUCCACAGUACCUCGUCUCCUCCAGGACUCCAGUCCACAGUACCUCGUCUCCUCCAGGACUCCAGUCCACAGUACCUCGUCUCCUCCAGGACUCCAGUCCACAGUACCUCGUCUCCUCCAGGGCUCCAGUCCACAGUACCUCGUCUCCUCCAGGGCUCCAGUCCACAGUACCUCGUCUCCUCCAGGACUCAGUCCACAGUACCUCGUCUCCUCCAGGACUCCAGUCCACAGUACCUCGUCUCCUCCAGGGCUCCAGUCCACAGUACCUCGUCUCCUCCAGGGCUCCAGUCCACAGUACCUCGUCUCCUCCAGGGCUCCAGUCCACAGUACCUCGUCUCCUCCAGGGCUCCAGUCCACAGUACCUCGUCUCCUCCAGGGCUCCAGUCCACAGUACCUCGUCUCCUCCAGGACUCCAGUCCACAGUACCUCGUCUCCUCCAGGACUCCAGUCCACAGUACCUCGUCUCCUCCAGGACUCCAGUCCACAGUACCUCGUCUCCUCCAGGACUCCAGUCCACAGUACCUCGUCUCCUCCAGGGCUCCAGUCCACAGUACCUCGUCUCCUCCAGGGCUCCAGUCCACAGUACCUCGUCUCCUCCAGGGCUCCAGUCCACAGUACCUCGUCUCCUCCAGGGCUCCAGUCCACAGUACCUCGUCUCCUCCAGGACUCCAAAAAGUAUGGAGAAGAGCCAGUAUGGACCCCCGCAGGACGUGUCUGCUCCCCCCUACCCCGGCCUCCCAGCGGGCUACCAGGGAAGUGGCGGGGGAACAGCCUACCCCCCUCAGCCUGGCUUCCAGGGAGGUCCCCAACCCGGCAUGUACCCACCACCUCUCCAACCCGGCAUGUACCCACCACCUCCCCAAGCCGGCACGGGCAUGGCACAACCUACAAACGCCCCCAGUGUAACCCAGGUGGUGGUGAUGCAGCAGCUGCUGCCUAGAGACGUACCCGGCCAGAUGACGUGUCCCCACUGUCAGGUCCCGGUUCUGACAGAGACCACACACACCCCUGGACUGCGCACCUGGGUCCUCUGUGGAGUCCUCGGCGUCUUAAUGUGCUGGCCAUGCUGUUUGAUUCCUUUCUGUGUUGACUCCUGUAAGGACGUAGAACACCGCUGCCCCAACUGCAAGAGAGUGAUCCACAUCCACAAAUGCGAAUAGGCCAAGAUGAGACGCCUGCCACAAAGUGAUCCACAACUAGCCCCGGCCCACAGACACUGCUGCCACAAAGUGAUCCAUACCUUUAUGAAUCCAUUCCAAUACACCACUAGUCUACACUACACCACUAGUCUACACCACUACUCUACACCACUAGUCUACACUACACCACUAGUCUACACCACUA